AUGUUUGCCUACUCAGUAGUGAUAUCUGACCAGCAAAUUGCAGACAAUCGUAUAUCUGGUCAUAUACGGCUACUGUUUGUAAUACGGAAUCUCUUUGAGUUUCUAGCCGUAUGUUGGGAUUUUACAACGCUUGAAACUCAAGCUUUCAAACAUCUUUUUUCAAAAGCUCAACAGCUGAGUGCAGCAAGACAAGCCCUUGCCGAGGAAGACCAGCGGACGCCUGGAAAAAUGGUUUGCGAGCAGCUGGUGGAGCUGAGUCUUCUAAAACUUGUAUUAGGGACACCUCGUGAGCGGUCUGAUAAUGGUGCUUACAAUCGCAGGCGUGUCAAAAAGAAAAAGGAUGAGCACAUGACAGGCUGGAAUUUAGAGGAAGGUGUGCCAACAAAGAUAUCUGUGUACAUGGCGUCUGCGAGGAACAGUGGUUCAGGACUUACCUAUAUGUAUGAUUCAUUGCAGAUAAAUUGGCAGAGUGUUUCAGCCGGCUCCUCAGUUGUUUCCAAAGUUUGGAAGUUUUUGAGACUGGUGUCCAAUUGUGAAGCUAAAACGAGGACGGGAACUGUGCUGACAGCAAAGCUAGAUAGUGCUAAAGCGUGA